UAACUCUGACAUUGUUCCUGGACUCCUGUUAGUUCAAAAAACAGAAAGGGACAAAAGAACACUAAAAGGAAGAACAAAAUAAUUAUACAGAUUACGAGCUGCUGUUGGUGCUCAAACAAGUUUGAUCGGGAAAACUCACUGAUGUGGAUACGUGAAGAAAGCCGUCAGUUUCAAAAUGGACUAGCUGGCAUGAGAUGUCCCGAUCCUCGUGUCCAUCGCUCCGGGAGACGUGUCUACAACAAGCCCUGGACUGGGGGGCCCAUGACACCAUCUUACUAUUUCUCCUUUGUCAGCAGAGCCAUAUUGUGGGACAGGGAACGUCAUCGGCAUCCGGAUGCCUUCCAUAACAGGGAACCUCGACCCCCAUGUUCACGUUUUGAGGCUCACAUGAAGACAUGUCCAGGCUUGAUCAGACCACCCUGUUUCCCACGUACACCCCGUCUACCUAGAUCCCAAGUGAAGGUACAAGGUCCAAAACCACCAAGACAGCGAGAAACUCAGAGAAAGCAGAACUCCCUAAGGCACUUCUCUAUGAUCUUCGAGUGUGCCAGCAUCUCCACAUCCAAGCAUCACCUCUCCAGACCCUGCGAUCUCUCCAGCACUGUCGGUCUAUUCCGAGACAAACCCAGAUGUGUUCCUGUCUUUUCAAGUUCCCUCCGCAAACUCAGAACACACCCCAAUUAAACAGGAAGACAUAAGUCAUAGAGACGUUACGUUGACUGGGACCAUUUCCCCACAAAUAGAACAGAAAGACUAUGCAGAACCUGAAGGUGAAGCAGUGGCACCAAUGACAAUGACUCCUGGCACCCCAUCAAGUCCUGUGACCCCCCUGACACCAAUGACACCCAGGACCCCAGAUUCUCUUACAGACCUGAGUCGUCCACCAUCCAGUCAGUUCAGCUAUAGCACCAACAUAAACACUAGCAUUUCCAAUUCACCUUCAGUAAAUCAGAUUGAUGACUCUGAUGAAGAAUACAUGGGUGGUGAAGAUCUCAACAGUGAAGACCUAUCAGCCUGCGCUUCAUCCUUGUCUGAUCUUUGCUUCAGCUCUCUUGAUGGCGCAGUCUUCGCCUCCUGCUCCCCCCCAACCUCUACUCUUUCCAAAUCUCUCCAAAGAUCUCUUAGCCAAGAACUUCCGUAUACCAAACAUCUUAGCAACUUAAAGGAAACUCCAAUUAUUCAGAUUGAGGACCCUGUGGUAAAAAGAACCCCAAACCCUAACCAGCCCACAGAUGUUGAUGGAGCUUCAAGCCCUUGCACUGCAAAUCUCGAGUCUCAGUCUAUACUUGCAUCUGCUUCUCCACUGGAUGUUCUCUCGGAAUGGAAAACCUGCUGCUGGCCCAUACUACCUCCGAUCACACCCCGGAGAGGCAGCCAUGGGUCAAGAGCAUCUCUCAGUUCCCCAGUAAGCUGUUCUCAGUCUGACAUGUUUGCUAAGCUGGAUGCUGCAGCACCUCGGAGUGUGUCCUGUCAGUCCUUGGAUCAUGCUGACUGUAGCAACAUUGAUAGCACCUCAGUAACCACAGAUUUGAGUCCUGGUUUGGCCGCUCUAACAGUCGGAUGUGACUCCGGAGAGCUUGGUUCUCUAUCCCGUGUGCAGCUCUUGUUGCUGGAAAGAGGAGCAUCUGAGAGUCUGGAACCUCUGCCAGAUGAGGAAUGGAACAGUUUGAUAGAGGAGAGAGGAGACUAUGAACCUGGGCUUCAAGUCUGGAGCUUGGGCAUUCCCCAGCAUUAUCAGUGCACAGAUCCCUACGUACAGGUGAGCAGCGGUGUGUCUUUAAGUGUAAGGCAUGUUCCACUUGGAGAAAUGGACAUCAGGAGUGGAACUCCAGGGCGUAGUGGCGCUGAAGACAUCUCCAGAUCGUCCUCCUGGUCUCUCAGCUGCGGCUCGAGAGAAGACACUCCCCAUGAGGAAAAAGUCACGCCGUAUUCAGAAGGAAGUGACCUCAUCAGUGAAAACCUCCACCUGAGCGCACAGUCGAUGGAGCCUCAAGUGACUGAAGAAACCUCACUGAAAGAGGCUUGUCCAGGAAAGCGAGAUCGACCUGCUACAGGAGCGUGCUGCGGACCGAACCAAAUUAGGGACAGGAGGAGGAGACAUCACAGGAAGAUGCUGGGCAAGAAGGGAGAAGAGCGGAAAAGCAAAGCCCUGCAGAUUUACACCAAAUUGCAAGACGGAAACAAACCGACCGAGCCCAGCAAGCCGAGGACCUGCUCCAGAUUUGAGGACUUUGAUUUCCUCGCCAAGUACUGCAUCAUCAGUCCUGAGAAGCUCACUGCAUACAGACGUGCUUUCGAAGCUGUGGACACUGAUAGCGAUGGCUAUCUAUCGUGUUUUCAAGUUCUGCUGGCUCUGAAGGACAUCAUUCCUCCAGAGCUGCUGACUGAAGAGGAGGAAAUCUACGUGUACAGGAUUCUAGAGCUGGUUGAUUUCAGUGUGACCGAGGGUCUGACGGAUUUGCGCCUCUUUGCCGUGGUUGCCAGUCUGGCUGAGAAAAUCGCCAUGCUAGACGAUUUCAUGCGGUCUCUCAUUAGCAAGAUGGACUUCAAAUCUUUAGAGAUGAAACUCUACAAAGCAAAGAAGUUGUUCCUGUUCCUCCUGGAGGGCCAGUCUGAGGGCACCGAGUCACCACAGGGUUGUAUUAGUGCUGAACAACUGCUUGUAGAGCUGAAAGCAGGGGGGAUCCGCGAGGAGCAUGAGGAAGAGGUCAGGCGUGAACUUCGGAGCCUUCGCUCUUUAGACCUGCUCGACUUCUUGGCACACCUGCCUCUCUUCAUUCUCAUCCACAAUUCCGUCAUAGCUAACCCACUCGAUGACUCCAGCAACCUGUAACAGAAACAUUGAAGCUUUUAUGUUUUAACAGCAGCAGCCAUAUUGUAUGGUAGCCAUAAUGGCAGGAUGCUUCUUCAAGGCAAUUCAACUGAAUAUUUGAAUUUUAGAUUUUUCAUCUGAUAAAUCUGACCUGGUAAAAACAUUUUAUGCAUUAGGAAAAAACUAAAUUAUGGCUAUGGUCUCUCUAGUGUGUACAACUCAAAAAAAAUUUUAUUAGUGUCAACGUGGACUUUUUUUUGUCUCUGUUUCUUUUCAAUGUCCUUUGACGCACUUUUGAAACAAUUUAGCUAGCUAUAGCUAUUUUCAAUGAGGAUGUGCAAGGAAUGUUCACAUAGUUCAUGCAAAUUCAUUCAUUGCUGUCUUUCCAAUCCCUGUUUCAGUUUUAUUACUGGUAUUAGGUUUAUCGGGUAUUUAGGUGCCUCGAUACCUUGCUUUGCUUUUUGGACCUCUCUUCGGAGAGACCUGAUGAAAAUUAUAAUUUUUUCACCUGUGAUUUGGAUUUUAACUAAGAUUCUAAAUCUCCAGCCAUGUUUUUAGUGUUAAGUUUCUGCAACUUUAUGCUAAGACUUACAAAUAUGGGUCUCACCAGACCUGAAAAACGUUCAUCACAAGUUUGCUGAGUCUUCAUCACGACGUUUUACUUUUAUUUCUAUAUCACUUUUAACAAUGGACAUUGUCUCAAAGCAUCUUUACAGAGAUAAAGCAGUUAUAAAGUUGUAUAAGAGACUGUAUAAGUUUAGUGCCUAUAAGUUUGUUCCAUAUAAUUGUAAGCUUAUCCCUAAUAAAAAAGCCAAUUGUGACUGUGUCAAGGAAAAUCUCCCGAGAUGGUAUGAGGAAGAAACCAGGAGAGCAACUAGACACAAAAGAGAGCCCAUCCUCAUCUGGGUGCCACCGAAUGUCCAUUCCUUACAGGUCCAUCAUUGUUGAGGUGUGCUGUUCAGUCACAUGCAAUUAAAUGCAUAACUGGUCAUGCAACCUGUGAUCCUGAGCUCCUAUUGACAAACUCCAAACAGGAUGUGAAGGUCCAUAUUUUUCUUCCUCCUCAAGGCUUAAAAUGGUUUUCCUCAAGGCUCUAUACUUGCACCUUACAAAAAAACAUGCUGGCAGCUCUAAACUUCCCCUUGGUGUAAAUAUGUGCCUGAUGUGAAUCUAUAGUAAAUGAAGAAGUUAGAUUUAAUGCUAAGUGGUUCCAGGACCCACCACAACCUGACUAGACUAAAACACUUAAUGAAGAUGAAUGAAGGAUACAUAUCAAUAGUAACUCCAUUUUUUCAAAAUUGCCAUUUUGAGGGCUCUUCAGAAACCGUGUGAGCCAAAUUUAAGAUUGAGUUGUAAAAAUAAAAUUUUUAAAUGAAAAUAAACAUGUUUUUCUUUCCAAGCCCUGG